AUGAGUAGGUAUUAUUUUCAAACUCUUGUUUUCUUUUCUCUUUUAUGCUUCAUCAUUUCUUUUUCUCAUGCUUUAAGUAAUGGUUUUAGCGUUGAACUCAUUCACCGUGAUUCUUUGAAUUCACCACUCUAUCAACCUACACAAAACAAAUACCAACAUGUUGUCAAUGCUAUUCAACGUUCCAUCAACCAUCUUUCAUACAUAAAUUCUCUCCCUAAUAUACCCAGAUCUACUGUUAUCCCCGAUUUAGGUGAAUAUAUUAUAACAUAUUCAUUAGGUACCCCACCAGUCAAAAUAUAUGGUAUUAUUGAUACAGGUAGUGAUAUUGUUUGGCUUCAAUGUCAGCCAUGUAAACAAUGUUACAAACAAGCCACUCCGGUUUUUGAUCCUUCAAAGUCUAAAAGUUAUAAAAACCUUCCUUGUUCAUCUAAGCAAUGUAAAUCUGUGGGUUUUCAUUCUUGCAAUAGAAACAAUUCUUGUGAAUAUUCUAUUGAUUAUGUUGGUGGAACGGUAUCAGAAGGAGAUCUUGCUGUGGAGACUCUUACAUUGGAUUCCACCUCUGGCCAUUCUAUUUCAUUUCCCAAUUUUGUAAUAGGAUGUGGACAUAAAAACACAAUGACUUUUCCAGGUAGGAACUCUGGUGUAGUUGGUAUCGGAGGUGGACCAAUAUCUCUCCUAACACAGUUGGGUUCAUCAACUGGUGGAAAAUUCUCUUAUUGCUUUGCACCAUCAAUGUCUAACUCAACCAGCAAACUCAAUUUUGGAGAUGCUGCAGUGGUUUCUGGUCGAGGGGUGGUCUCAACUCCGAUAGUGAAAAAAUCUCCACCAGUAUUUUACUUUGUAACACUAAAUGCAUUUAGUGUUGGAAACAAAAGAAUAGGAUUUUCUAAACCGCCAGUUGAGGGGAACUUCAUAAUUGAUUCGGGUACAACAUUGACGAUUUUACCAUCCGAUAUUUAUAAAAAUGUGGAAUCAACUCUGAUAGCAUUGGUUAAACUGAAGCGUGUGAAGGAUCCAAAUAAAAUUUUGAGUCUUUGUUAUUCUGAUAAAUCAAAUAAAUAUGUGUUUCCUAAAAUCACGGCACAUUUUAAGGGUGCAGAUGUUUUGUUGAGUUCUAUCAGCACUUUUAUUCCAGUUGCUGAUGGGGUUGUUUGUUUGGCGUUUGCCCCAUCUCAAGAUGGCACUGGCGUCUUCGGAAACUUGGCACAACAGAAUUUAUUGGUUGGUUAUGAUCUUCAACGAAAUACUGUAUCAUUUAAGUCUACUGAUUGUACUAAAUUGUAA